GAGGGUUUGAAGUGGACGAUCUCUGCAUGUUGGCGACCGGGUGUGGAAUUCAGGAAUUCACGCCCUUCUUGGGGUUUUAUUCCUGGUCGGAACUGUGCAAGGAAGAGACGGAAGAUCGCGAACAUCUAGUUAGGAAAGUGAAGGUUAAAAGGUGUCGGGGUGAGUCUGCAAGGCGUAUUUCUCGACACAGGGUCGUUCCGAAUCGGAAUAUUUUUCAUCAGUCGCACCCUUCAUCGGCCUCGUUGUUCGUGAGACUGCGAACUAAUGCCGUUCGCAAAUGUUUCUUCUCUUAUGGGCUAAGUUUAGAACACGGUGUAGAAUUCGUGAUCGUUGGUGAUAAAUAGUGUCUGUAGGGUGUGGCUUCUUACACUGAUGGACAAGUUACGAAGAGUCCUCGCCGGCCACGAAGAUGACGACGAAGAGCGAGGCCUGACGGCGGAGAUAAUGGACGGAAUGAGCUGGAGUUGGAGCACUCGGGUCAAAGGAUUUAUCGCUUGUUUUGCCCUUGGUUGGGUCUUCACUUUUCUCGGAACAUUUUGUCUGUGGCUGCCGUUGCACAACAGUCUCGUGGCCUUCGCAGUCUUCUUCACCUUUGGAAACAUAGUUUCUGUUUUCAGCACGUUUUUUCUCAUGGGCCCGAUGAAACAGUUGAAGAAAAUGGCGGAGGAAACCCGUAUAAUCGCCACUGCUGUUAUGGUACUGUCUGUGCUCCUCACCUUGCUUGCUGCAUUUCAUUGGAAGAAACGGGCCCUUUGUCUCUUGUUCGUCAUCAUGCAAUUUUGUGCGAUGCUGUGGUAUUCGUUAUCAUUCAUCCCGUAUGCACGAAAUGCCGUGAAAAGUUGCUUGUCGGGAAUUCUUGGGUGAAACCGACGUUUCAGUCGUCCGCUUCCAGUGGAAUGAUGGAUUCCGUUCUCUUGUAAAAGGCGUACGUCUGUGAUCGUUGCACCGAAAAACCUGAAAACAGCUUCUGUGCCUUCGUUGUUGAUUUCGUUCGAGCUGCCUGGCGAUACCCGUGAAACAAUAUAUUAUGACGGUAUCCUGUAAUCCCGAUCUUCCCUGUUCGAGUGAACUGUUCGCCAAUUCUGAAGGGAAUGCUCCCCGAACAAAUUCAUCAGAAUCCGUGCCUUCGAGAGCUUCGUUUGUAUAAUCACCUCCGCGAUGAUAAAUAUGAUCGAUUGACUCUUGCUUUCAAAAUAUUUUCCGUAUUCGGCAAGAUGUUAUUUUACUGGACCCAUUGUUGAAUCUUGGAUGGUGUCUCAUAUGGAUGAAUACAUUUUAUGUCAUUGUUAAAAA